CUAACUUGUGCUCUUCUUCUCGUCUCUUCCGUUGCCCGACGGGCCUGCUCUGUCUGCCGUGCAUGCUGCACACGCCAACCACAACCAGUACGGCGCUCUCACGGAAGCUGUGUCAUUUCCAGGUACCUGCUUCCCUGUUGAGCAGGAUCUCGUUGUCGCAGAGCACGGCAGAUACGAGCAUCAAACCCUGAUGUCACGCACAGACACGAGAGACACACUGACCUUCCACACCGCAGCCCUUCUCUCUCUCUCCCUCUCUGUGUGUGUGUGUGUGUCCGUGUGUGUGUGCACGUGUGUGUAAAUGUGUGUGUGCGCGUGGUAUACCCUAAGAUCCUUGCCGAGCACGAGUAUGUCGGGGCCUGCGCGUCUGUGAUCGCAGAACAGCAUGCGGCCGGUGCGGCAGAGACCCGUCUGGAUCUCGCCGGUGAUGAACAAGACAUUCGCCACCUGUCGUCCACACGCACCCACGCACGGACGCACGCACGCACGGGGAGUAGAGGUAGCUAAUGGUGGUGCUUCGUGCUCUCUCGCUUCUCCUCACUAAGGUACUUGUCGGCGGGCACUUUGACGUCAGCCUCGCCCUGAAUCGGCUCUGCACCCUCACACACGUACACAUACAUACAUACACACACACACACACACCGUAGGUCCAUGAGAAGCCCCUCCGUCUCGACCAAGCCUUUGUUUGCCUACCAAGUUGAACAUAGUCCGCAU